UAAAGCCCUCUGCAUCGUCUUCGUGAGAGGAGGAAGGAAGAGAGAUGGAUGCAGGAGGAGGAGGUAGUGAGAAGUGCAGCAAGAUCCGGCACAUAGUUCGGCUGCGGCAGACGCUGCGGCAAUGGAGGCGGAGGGCGGCGGCGCCGUCGGACGUGCCGGCGGGGCACGUGGCGGUGUGCGUGGGGAGCAGCUCGAGGCGGUUCGUGGUGCGGGCGUCGCAUCUCAACCACCCCGCUUUCCGGGAUCUGCUCCGCCAGGCCGAGGAGGAGUACGGCUUCGCCUCCCGCCCCGGCCCACUCUCCCUCCCCUGCGACGAGUCCCUCUUCGAGGACCUCCUCCACCUCAUCUCCUCCUCUUCUUCUUCUUCUUCUUCUUCGAGGUUCCCAGAUUAUAAUCUCGAUGACUCGGAGAAGCUCUCCCGCGCUUCUUCCUGUUGCUGCGCCGUCGGCCAGUGGCUGCACGCCGCUGACUCACUGCCGCUUCUACACCGCCACCGUCUCUCCUAGAAGCCCAUCUGCUGAACCUCAAUGCAAAUUGCCGGAGGUCCAUCCAAAAGUUGGCUUUCUAAUGUUAUUUCUACUGAGAAAACAAAACGAAGCAAUCACACGCUCUUCACUCUUUGCGUGCUGCAUACUUAAUAUCGAAGGACGGUUGAAGCGAUCACGUCAAGGGUCAAAGGGAGGGCAAUGGUCUCUUGCUCAGAACUGUAGAGCCCACCUGAGGCCCGCCGACUCUCGGAAUGGUGAUGGAGGACACGAUCGUACGUUCCACUGCAAGCAUCAGCUCCAUCCAAAAAAAUAGAUGUUUCCUUAUUGUACUGUGAAGCCUUAACGAUUAACCAAGGCAUAUAUAACUUGCUCA